CUCUGACCUGGUACAGCGACAAAACGCGUCAGCCGGCAAUGCCGGUCGCGCGUGAUGAAGGCUUCGGGGAGCUGCUGACGGCACAGAUGGCUGCCAUCCAACAAGUGCUGUCGUUGAACGAAGCUUUGUGCAGGAAGUUUGAAAAUCCUGAACAGCGGAAAGUGCACUGGACGAGGACCGGCAUCAACAGCAGCCCCGCCCUGUCGGAGCCCUUGCUGCCGCACGGCCAGUCCUCGCCGUGCUUGUCGCUGGAUGCUAACAAACGACCUGAUGUGGAGCAAGCUGAAUCCAGGUCGCCUCUGAGCGCGAUCUCCAAGAAUUCCCUACGAAACCAGGCCUUGCAGUUUGGCUCACGCUGCAGGCGAGCAGCCACCAGACUCACCAUGGAUGUGGAACAUUCUGGCAACUUCAUGCGUUACAACCGACCCAUCCUGGCGAACACCAAGGAUGUGCGCAGCCUGGCGAAGGGAGUCUUGGACUCGAUCAAUCAACAGGCCCAAGAUCCGGAAAAACUCUACGCUGAGAAGGGCUGCUGGUCCCACAUCGCACGCAGCGGGUGGUUCAAAAAUUUCACGCUGUUUAUGGUGUUGAUGAGCACGGCAUGGAUUGCGAUCGACACCGACUACAACAAACAAGAGAGUCAGUAUGGCUAUGUUUUUAAGACGGUGGACAACAUCAUUUGUGCAUAUUUUUGCGUUGAAAUCACCAUCCGCUGGUUCGCCUGUGAAGUUUGCUCAAGGGCCCUUAGUGAUUGCUCCUUUCUCUUUGACCUGUUCUUAGCAGUGACCAUGUCGAUUGAGACCUGGGGUGCUGAAGUCAUCUAUUUGCUGACGGGUCAGAGUGCCAGAAGCUCUGGAUAUCAAGGUAUCACUCCCGCCUUGCGGAGCCUACGACUGACGCUGGGCAUCAAGCUCGGACAUGGGGAU